GGAAGCCGCUGUGCGAGAGGACCAGUGGCGGCCCUGGCAAGACGACGGCUCGGCUCGGCUUGGCGGCGGCGCAUGCGUCUGCAGAGUGUGACCUUGUUAACCUGAUACCAUGUCGGAGUCGCUGGCUGCAAGGUUCAGAGUGUUCACUCUCAAUUGCUGGGGGAUCCGCUACCUCAGCAAACAUUGUAGGGAGCGCUAUGAAAUGAUUGUGCAGUUACUGAGUCAGGAGAAGUAUGAUGUGGUCCUCCUGCAGGAGGUGUGGAGUGAGCAAGAUUACCACUUUUUAAGAAGCAAGUUGACAAGUGCCCAGCCAUAUUCCGUGUACUUCAGAAGUGGCGCUAUAGGAAGCGGACUGUGUGUCUUCUCCAGGUACAGAAUAACUGACUCUUUCCUCUACCGCUACUCCCUGAAUGGCUAUCCUUAUAAGUUGCAUCAUGGCGACUGGUUUGGUGGGAAGUCUGUUGGCCUGGUCAUUCUGAAGGUGCAAGGCAUCAUUGUCCAUGUUUACGUGACUCAUCUUCACGCAGAGUAUUGCAGGGAAAAGGACGACUAUCUCCCCCACCGUCUGCUUCAGUCUUGGGAGCUGGGGCAGUUCAUACGCCACACAGGAAAAACAGCUGACGUCACAAUCUUGGGUGGCGACCUGAACAUGCAUCCCAAUGACCUGGGAAACCGGCUCCUGCAGUGUUACACGGGGAUGAAGGACUCAUUUGUGGAGACCAAAAAGUUUGAAGGCUCUGAAGGAGGUUGCACCCUGCAGGCUCAGAACUGCUAUGCCACGGUUUGGGAUUGUCCUUCGUUUCCCUCGGGCAUUCGCAUUGACUACGUUCUCUACAAGGGGUCGAGGGGGUUCCCUGUGAAAUGUGACCACUUGAUGACCACAAGUGGUACGGCUCCAGGGAAAAACAUUCCAUAUUCAGACCAUGAAGCUGUGUGCGCCACGCUGAGCGUGCAGAAAGAUGAGGGUGCUGCCACUGGGGCGAAACGCGAAGAAGAGACGAACCCACAGCUGGUGGACAUCCUGAACGAAGCUCGGGCAGAAGUGAAGAUUGGCAUUCACGGGGCGGAGAGGAUACGCUACUCCUCUGGCAGGAUGGCCGUCCUGGGAUUUGUCUUGCUGCUGCUCGAAGUCGUCAUGGCGAUCAUACCACUGGUCACCACCACCGCUGAGAACUCCUUCCCCAAGGUCUCCUUCUACAUCCUGGGCAUGGUGGCAUUUGCCGUGACGUUGCUGGCUGGAAUCCUGUACGUAUUUCAUACGAUUGAGGUGAAAAUGUUGCAAGGAACGGAGGACCAAAUGCGGAAUACCAUUCAGGCUCUGCAAGAGCAGCUGGGGGAGUGAUGCCCUCGUGUGGGAGCUGGGUCAGACCACACUGAGUUUUAGCCAGAGACUGAUCAGAUCUGACAUGCGAAAACUAUAGUGAAUGCAGUUCUAAAUGUUAUUGCGCGAUGGCAGCCCUGCAUGUUAGCCUUGAGAAUCCAUGUUGUACAAUACACUCCUGGCAGCUGUACAGUUCCAUAGAGACUGGCAUGUGGGGGAUAAUGUUGUGUGCUUCAUCAUAAUGGGAUGAUAUUUUGUGCGCACAUUUCCUUCUAUCUUAGCCUCAUGAUCACGUGCUUACCUCUCACUUUCUCUAGUACCGCUUAACAUUGUCUGGCUAAUCUUGGAGACACUUCAUUCAACUCUUCAGCCUGUGCCCGAAUUGUGGUUGGCAUCUAGGGUCAAUCUAAAAGCAGGAAUGUUUGGAGUUUGGGAAGAGGGGGGGCGGAUUCUCCCUGCUUCCAGCCAAACCCUUUGCUUCAGAUAAGCAAGACAUGUAAUCAUUCCCAAGAAAACUAGUUCAGAUUCCCCACCAUGGCAUUUUGAAAAUUUAAAUUGUGGACAUCUUAACAAGAAUUAUGCUGGUGUAAAAAUAGCCACAAAAUUGCUGGAUAGUUUGGAGCAUAUUCUGUAGUGAAAGAAUCCGGAAUACUGUACCAGUCUGAGUCCAGUGUGAUUGCCUCAUCAUGGGGUCUGAAGUUGCCUGGUAACCCGCCCAGUUCUGUGAAACAGUUGCAAAGAAAUUGUAUCUUUGCCGUCCUCUCUGAGAAUUGGGAAUGGGAAAUAAAAGGUGCCUUCGUCAGAGAUGACUGCAUAUUGAGAAAUAGAUGUGCGUACUAAGGUGUUGCCUGGAAGUUUAAACUGCGACAAUGAUGGUGAAACGCGGCUUCCAAUCUUGAAAUAAAUAUCACCAGGGGUGAGUCAAAACAUGUAUCCCCUCAUUGGAGAUGACAGGAGGGAUUAUACACACAAAGUUACUUCUUGCAAUGCAAGGAGUCUUCUCGCACAGUGGUCUAACUGGCUGAGGACUACUUUCCAAGCCUGCCCAUCCAGGGUCUAGCGGAAAAUCAAUUAAGGGCCAAACGCAGCUUGGCUAAAGAUCCAAAGGUGGACGCAAAAAAUUGGAGUAACUGCAACAGGAUUGGAGACAGCAUCUCUGGAGAAAAUGAAUAGGUGACGUUUGGGGGCGAGACCCUUCUUCAGACUGGAGUCGGGGGGGGAAAGGGAAACGAGAGAUAUAGACGGUGAUAUGGAUCAAAUGAAUGAAAGAUGUGCAAAAAAGUAAUAAUGAUGAAGGAAACAGGCCAUUGUUAGCUGUGGGCUAGGUGGAAACAAGUUAUACAGAUAAUGAAACUCACUAGGACGACAGUGAAACUAGUACAAUGGUUAGGGUGGGGAGGGACGGAGAGAGGGGAUGCACAGGUUACUUG